GUUGUAUUAAAAAAAAACAACAAAGACGGAACUUUUUUCCAUUUCAUGAAUAAACAAACAAUCACCUGACGUUUCAUUCUGACAUAUUGCAUUUCAGUUUGUUUUUAACUGUUUAAGCAAAAAGAUAUUAAUUUCAAUAGAAGUUGCACUGAUAUGUAGACAGCGGAUUUUUGUUUAUUAUUGUACAUGUCUCUGAAACAUGGAACGCUACAAGGGAUGUAAACGUUCUUCUUGUGAAACAGUCAAGUAUUUGCUGCAGCGUGCACCUUGUCCACCACCUUUCAUGAAUAACAUUGAAUUCCGUGAACACGCUCUUAGUCGAAAUCUGAGCCAAGUUGAAGUUUGCAAUUUUGCAGGAAUAUGUAGACCAGGCGACAGUGAAAUGAAAAAAGACUGUAGAUCAUCCUCUGACGAUUUUCCGUUUGUAAACGUAGUCGCUGUGGGAUGUGCAGUUUUAUUUCUUGUCGUAAUAUUCGUCACGAUUGUUUUGAUUAUACGGCGUAGGAUGAAAUAUAAUAUCAAAGAAAAACAGUCGACGAAGAAAGCAUACGAAAUGACCAACCAGUCAAACAGAACGGACAAUGAGGAACAAAAACACAGACAAGACACUCAAAAUUCUUCAGAUGUCUAUGUUAACAUGGAAAUUCAGCAGCGCUAAAUACUGGUAAACAUCUGCCAAAACCGAAAUGAUAUAGCCUGCCUUCCAACACCCAGUGAUUAGUGUUGCCUACAGACACGUCUUUUUAUAUUUUGGAUAAGCAGAUUAGUUAUAGACUUAUAGAAUAGUUUAAUUAUGCAAUAAACCUGACAAGAUUCAUGAGCAUAGCAUCAUAUACAAUUCAUAAUCUAAAACAUGACAAAAAGUACAAAUUUGAUACAAGUUUCAUUGUCUAAAUAGACUGUUAAACGGGAGAGACAGCAUGUAUUAGAUCAAGUAGUGUUUGAAAUAGUUGACAUAGGUUAGUGUUAAUAUGCGUUUAUAUUGUACAAAAAUAGGAAGCUGAAAAUUAAGACAACAGCUAUAUAUUUAUAUCACAAGUGCACGUCUACAUACCUUUAGACCCUAUUUGUAUUAUUUCUUACUUCGAAAGCUUUGUAUAUAUAAAUGGAUAAAUUACCAAUACCAAUACCAAAGAUUUUAUUCGCAUAAAACAUUGUACAAUGUUUAUAGCAAUACAAAUACUAUUCAAAGAGAGAAAACAUGAAAAAUACAU